UUAUCUUUUAUCAGUGUUUACAAAUUGUAGUUGAUAAUUCUUUAAGAAGUUACAACACUUACACUACAAUAUUCUAAACUUAAUCAAACAGCAAAGUUUAUCUAUAAAUUAUUAUAUAUUAGAUUAAGAUUCAUAAGUGAACUAUAAAUAAUGUCUCCAAAGGUUACCAAAAUCAAACUGAACAAUGGUGUGGAACUGCCAAUGAUUGGUCUCGGAACUUAUGCAAGAAAAUGGGAUGCAGGGGAUGUUCAGCAAGCUGUAGAGUGUGGCAUAGACUUAGGCUACAGGCACAUUGACACUGCAUCUGUAUAUAAGAAUGAAGAGGAGGUGGGACAGGGCAUACUUAAUAAGAUUAAGAAUGGAAAUGUGUCUCGCAAUGACCUUUUUAUUACAACUAAGUUGUGGAACAAUUAUCAUGAAGAGAAUGAGGUAGUUCCGGCAUUGAAAGAAUCUUUAGAAAAACUGAAACUAGACUAUGUGGACUUGUAUUUAGUUCAUUGGCCUAUCUCAAUCAAUAAUAACGGAGAAUUCAAAGGGAUAGACUACUUAGAAACUUGGUCGGGAAUGGAACAAGCUCUACAGCUUGGUCUCACCAAAGCAAUUGGUGUUUCUAAUUUUAAUGAAGAACAACUGGACCGACUGCUCAAAGUUGCUAAAAUUAAACCUGUUGUCAAUCAAAUUGAGAUAAACCCAACUCUAACUCAACAUAAAUUAGUGGACUUCUGCAAGAGUUCAAAUGUUCAAGCGGUGGCUUACACCCCUCUGGGACUCAUGUCUGAUGCUCGGCCUGAGUUUGCACACCUCGAUCGGAUCAAGACUGAUCCAAAAUUAGGAGCAUUGGCUGCCAAAUAUGGCAAAACUCGUGCGCAGAUAGCAUUGAGAUACUUGGUUCAACGUGGUAUUGUGGUCAUUCCGAAGUCUUUUACGAAAUCUCGAAUGGAGGAGAACAUGAAUAUUUUCGAGUUUGAAUUGAGCGAUGACGAAAUGGCGCUAGUGGACAGCUUUAACAUAGACCAUCGGUGUGUGCCGGCCACUUCUUUCGCUCACCAUAAAUAUUACCCCUUUUAGUGUAUUUUUGGUUAAUAUCGUUGGGUGACGGGAUUGCCAGUGGAUAUCUUCUAAUAGAGCUCCAAUUUGAUAACGAAUUUUUACCUUAAGAUCCAGUAAGCUGUUUUUCUCUCUUUAGAGUUUUUAUAAUAUUAUGUUACGUAAGAAGAUGGUUGUGAUUAAAGAUCCUAAUGAUAAAGGUGAUAAUAAAAUUUGUUUCUAUAA